GUUAAACACUCAAGAAAAGACACGCCCCGACCCAAAGAACCCACCUGCAACGGCAUGUCAGCUCCGAUGUGAAUGCCGGGAAGCUGUCAUGGCCGUGAUCGUGAUCACGUCCCCCACGAGAAAUCACAAAGAAAACGACGACUUGAGGGAAAUGGACGAAGCAAAGGAUUUAAUAAGAUGCUGA